CGCGUGCAUCUCUUUUUUUCCUCGAGAAAUCUUAAUCUUCUGUUAUUAUAACCAAAAAUCCAUGAAUUCUUAUUCGAAUAUUUAGAAACAAAUUUAAAAGUGGAAUUGUUGAAAAGAGUGUAACGACAGGAAAUAUCUUCUUUUAGAUAAAUUUAAAAAGAAGCACCUAUUUGUUAAACUUUUAUAUGUAUUCCCGUAAACAGACUACACAAAUUAUUUACUUUUUUUUUUUAAUGUAGAGGUUGUCAAUUUCAAGUACUAAUUUAGCGAGAAAAUUAAGGGAAAAACGGGAAACACUGUCUUUUGUGUAAGAAAGUUUGUUAUUCACGAUUGUGUGUGUAUGUAUUUUUUAAUGGUAUGUGGCCAUUUCUAAUGGAAACAAAAAGUACAAUGUGAUUAAUGAAACGUUAAAAUUGUUACAAAGGAAAUUUGCUAAAAAGUUGAAUAAUUUUGAAUUACUUAUUAACAGCAUUCAUUGAAAUACUUUAUAAGAAUUUCUUAAUUUCCAAAAAUAAAAUUGUAAUAUAAAAAUAAAUUGUUUAAUUUAAACGUAUAAAAAAAUAAAAUCCAAAGACCAACAACAACAGGUGCUGCGGGCGUUUUCUUAGACAAGAGUUUGUAAUCGUAGCGGGAGCACGCGGAGGUGGUGGUUACUAGAACAAAUUUUCAAGUACAUAAUAAUGAGCCGUCAUGAAGGAGUCAGUUGCGAUUCUUGUCUCAAGUCUAACUUUAAUGGACGUCGCUAUAAAUGUUUAAUAUGCUACGAUUAUGAUCUAUGUGCCGAUUGCUAUGAGGAAGGCGUCACAUCAACACGCCAUUUGGUCGAUCAUCCUAUGCAAUGCAUACUAACGCGCUCCGAUAUUGAGCUUUUUUUUGGUGGUGAAAUGCUCAAUUCUGAGCAGCCACAAAGCUUUACCUGUCCAUACUGUAAGAAAAUGGGUUUUAGUGAUGCUACUUUAUUAGAACACGUAUCUGCUGAACAUACGGAGACCAGUUUAGAAGUGGUAUGUCCCGUAUGCGCUGGAUUACCAGGCGGAGAACCGAAUCUAGUCACAGAUGAUUUUGCUGGUCACCUAUCACUGGAACAUCGUACCGGCCCACGUGAAUUGAUUUCAUUUCUAGAUGAACCCUCAGCUAUACGACAUGGGGGUGGAGUGCGUCGUAUUCCUGGACGUACGAUAGGCGGAGUGCCACGUGCACGCCGAUCUAAUAUGCACUUUAGCUCAUCAAGCGGUCUCUCAGCAUUAUCUCCGUCUGGGCGAGAAUCGGUGGACCCAAUUGCAGAGCUCCUGUCACAGUUGUCGGGUGUAAGACGUGGUGGCCCGCCAACUUCUCAAUUACAACAAUUGCAAAUGCAAAUUCAAAUGGAACGCCAACAAGUGACGGCCACACGCCAACAAUUAGAGCGUUUACCCCGACGUGCUCAUCAAAUGGUCUCUUCAUCGAAUUCGAACGCCACCAUGGCUGAAGUAAUAAGCGGUGCCCCUGGUACUGGUAGUGCAAAUGGAGGCGGUAGCAGCGGUUCCUGUCGUACCAAUGAGUGGUCGGUAUCUGGGCAACAGCAAUCACAACAAUCAAAUUUGAAUGCAAACACACUUAACACCAGAGAACCUGGUAGCAGCAGUCUUUGCACCAACAAUGGUGGUUUCUCGUUUGGCAUGGUUAGUGGCGGAUCCGGUACAAACAACGUCGCUGGUGGGCCAGCAAUUAACGGUCCCGGUAAUGUUGUUGAGGGAGCGCAAUCGCAAUUCUUGCUCACGAAACUUAUGCAACCGAUUUUAAGUGACGCCGAAUUAGCUGAAAUUGGCAGAGAACGCGCCGAUCGGUCUCAAUUCGUACAAGCUUUGCUGCUAUCAACCUUAGCUUGUUCAUCGUUAGAGAGUGAAUCAGAUCAGGAACAUGAACGCGGUGAAUCGCAAGAGACCACCAAUAGUGAUAAUGUAAAUAAUGAAAAGGCUUCGCCCACAAGCAACACUAAUAAUGCAAAUAAUAGUAAUUCUGAACAUGAUGUGCGAGAGUCGAUGAUGAAUAAUAAUGCCGCAGAUGCAUCUGCACAAACCGCAAACAGUACCGGAGGAAUAGGUGGACGCCAACAAGUUCAUCAACAACAACAAACCUCGCCUGAAGAUUUUGUUGAAGAGUAUAAACAGACACAAGCAUCAUUUAACACUAGCAAAAAGAAAGCUGUUAGCGCCGGAGCUGGUAAGUCGGCAACAGGCGGCAAUAUUGGCGCGGCAGAUAAAGGUAUUGAACGGCGUGGACGACCUCCUGCUGCGGCCGGAGGCGCCACCAGCUCGCAGCCGCAACAGCCAGGGCAACAGUCUACGCAAAAAUAUAAACAAAGUGCAGCUGCCCCUACGGCGACACAAGCAAUAUCGGCAGCAAACACAAAUCAAAUACCAGAUACUAGGUAGUGUUAUCAUCCUCAUUGUCCCGCCAAUUUACAACCACACAAACAACACAACCGUAAUAAAUACAGCAACAACAACAACAACAACAAAAAGUAUAGUAAUACUAACAAUAAAAAAAGUAAUUGCAACUACAACAGCGAGAACGACAUUGUAAUCAAACGCAGCAUAAUUAAAAGCAUCAAUAGCCGUAAAAAUAAAGACCAC